ACCGGAGCCCUUCCAUUUCCAUCCCGUAAACCCCGGACCGGUCUGACCCCCCUGAGGCCGGAAACACGCAGCUCGCCGCGGAUACACCGACUUCAGUCCCACCGCAAGAAUUUUUACCGACCAAUCAGAGGUCGCUUUGUCUGAGCGGAGAUGACGUAAGAGCGUUGUUGGCCAAGCACAGGCUGUCACAAGGAAAGCAGGCGGAAGUCCCGCCCCCUCCUCUGCACCUCCUGAACAGAAGCGCGCCGUGAGAAGAACCGAGCGAGCCGUCCCGGUCCGUGUCGUCCUGUUCACAGCUGCAGCAGCAACAUGGAUACAGAGUUGUUCAUGGAGUGUGAGGAGGAGGAGCUGGAGCCAUGGCAACAGGUGGACGACAGCGUGGAGGAGGACGAGAUGGAGUUCAUGGAGAGCUACUGCGAGCCAAUGGAAGACUCUCUCUCUCCACUGCCUGCCUCUGAGACUCCGCCCCCAAGCUCCCGUCCAUCCAGCACACCUGCUCCAACAGCUCGUUCUCCUCAGCUUGUCUCCGUGAUGCCUCCCCUUCCUCCCUCCUACAUCAACUCCUCUUCAUCUUCAGUGCCCCACCUCUCCUCCCCCUCCACACCUGUGUCUUCAGCCCCACCCCAGAUGGCUCAGGCCCCGCCCCUCAUCCUUACACAGACAGCAGGGGGGACGUUCCUCCUCCCAGCAGCCCCAGGGUCUGGCAACGCCACACCCUUCCUGUUCACCACACAGGGUUUCCCAGUGAUGAACCAUGGCACUCCUCUUCUGCUGAACCUGCAGCCGGGUCAGACGAUGCAGCCGCUCACGCUCAUCCAGUCCCCCUCAUUGGGUCAGUUGGUACGUCCCAGUGUGGGCCUGUCCCCAGGACAGACCAAAUCAGGCCCCGCCCCCUCCAGAGGUCCCACCCAGCCUGGCUCCCCCUUCACAGCCAUGCAGCUGCCCCCCACACUGACCAUCCACACCAGCACGCCAGGAUCCGUUAAGCUGAAGAUGGCCAACUCCCUGAAGCUGGCAGGAUCCCCCGCCCUUCCCUCUGGCUCGGCCAAUGGCGUCUCCAGAGUGAUGUCAUUAAGCAGAGCUCCUGGCUCCUCCCCCUCUGUGGUCACUACCUCCAGUGUAACCUCGGCGCCGACCUCCAGCCCCCCCAGGGUGGUAAUGAGUGUGGAGGAGUUUUAUUACGGGACUUAUGAAGGCGACCUGAGUCUGAGGAAGCCACACCCACUGGGGAUCAAAACGUCCACCUUCACCUGUCAGAUCUGUAAUCACCUGGCCCAGAACAACCUGAGGUUGAUGCAGCACAUGCUCCUGCACUCUGACCUCACAGGAGGAGGAGAUGCUGAUUCGAGGAGUUGCUGUAAGUUCUGUUACCGUCAGUUCUCGUCUCCGGCUCAGCUGAGGAGCCACCAGGACCAGGUGCACGGCCCCACCCUCUCCUCCUGUAUGUGUCGCAUUUGUGAGUGGGCGUUCGACAACGAGCCAGCCUUCCUAAACCACAUGAAGUCCAACCACAAACCAGGUGAGAUGCCCUACAUCUGCCAGGUGUGUUCGUAUCGCUCGUCCUUCUACUCAGACGUCGUGCAGCACUUCACCAGCUUCCACAGAGACUCUCGCUUCCUGCUGUGCGUGUUCUGUCUGAAGGUGACCAGAAACCCCACCAGCUACCAGCAACACCUGCUAAGACACCAGGUGAGCCAGGCCUUCCACUGUAACAGGUGUCGUCUGCAGUUCGUCUUCCUUAAAGAUAAGAUGCAGCACAAACUGGAAAACCAUCGCAGCUUCCGUCGACCAGCUCAGCUAGAAGGACUGCCGCCGGGGUCAAAGGUGACCAUCAGGACCUAUGGGAAGAUCAGGCCUAUGAUGACAUCAGCAGGUGUCAGGCAGCUACAGAGCCCCUCCCCCCUCAUCCAGCCAAUCAACAUCAAGACAGAGCAUCCAAAGUCUCUGAUCCAGAGGAGUCCCAUGUCCUCCAAAUGUCCUCGAUCACCAACCAAGAGGCCGAUCAGCCGACGAGUCCCCGUCCACAGGAGUUCUUUCUGUGAGGAGGAGCGCCUCCUGUGUUUGGAGUGUGGGACUGACGCCUCGGACUUCUCCGCCCAUUACCCGACACACGUCCGCUGCCUGCUGUGUCCGUACAGCAGCUGCUGCUCCAGAGCGUACGCCUCUCACAUGAUACAUCACCACGUGCCCAGAUCCAAAGACGGAGUUCUUCCUCUGCACAGACGACCUCCUCCAUGCGUGUUCAUGCUGCGCUGCUCGCACUGCGACUUCACGCCUCGCUCUGCUGAUCAGAUGGCGGAACACCUGCUGAGCAACCCAGAGCACUACAGCGCCACCUGCCGGACCCGCACCUUCGUUGAACCGGAUAUCCAGUUCUGUGAUGGUGACGAGCGGCGUCCUUCAGAGGAGAAGGAAUCAAUCAACAACAACAAGGAGUUACCUGACCCAUCGUGGAGGUCAGCAGAUAGUUGGGAACAUCCAACAGAAAGUUCAAAGUUCACCAUCCUGCCGUUCACACAGAGCAGUGGCCCUCGACAUCAGCUGUCAAAGAACAGCGACGCCAUCGACUUCUUCAGUCUGCUCUUCCCUGCCGCCAUGUUUGAUCUGAUAACCAAAGAGACCAAUGCUCAUGCUAAGACCUGCCGCUACCUGGGCUCCUGCUCACCUGACUGGGUUCCCAUCACCACACAUGAGGUCAAAGGUUUCAUCGGCCUGGCGAUCCUGAUGGGGAUCCAGAACCUCCCCGACCCUACACAGUACUGGUCCUGGAGUCACUUUGACAACAGCUACACUUUCUACCGCACCAUGAGCUUCAAACGCUUCAAAGGGAUCGCUAACAACAUCCGCAUGGGCAGCUUCACCACAGACGAGUAUCGAGGCACCAGCAGGCCCAGUGACCCUCUGCACAUCUUCAGACCCAUGCUGGAGAUCCUGGGUGAUGCCAUGUGGAACACCUACAGAGCCAACUGCUGCCUGACCAUCGACAGGGCUCUGCUGCCCAGCCUGGAGGAGGAGGAGGGCUGCAGUGCAAAGGGAACCCCAAAGACUCAGCCUCAGGUGUGGCUGCUCUGUGACUCAAAGUCUGGCUACUGCCACCGCUUCUUCAUCCAGGGUGGGGACAAGGGGGGCCAGGAGCCUGGUUUCACAGUGGUCCCUGAGCUAGUGAAGGGUUUGGAGGACAAUCACCACCAGAUCUACCUGGCUAACUCCCUCACUUCUGUCCCCUUAAUGCAAAAGCUUCUAGACCAGGGCAUCUACGCUUCAAGCUCUUUCCCCCCACCCAACCCCAUCCUGCCCAGAGAGCUGUGGGAGGAGGGUCAGCUGGAGAAACCUGGGGACUUCCUACAGAGACAGUUUGGUCCUUUACUGGCCACCCGCUGGAGAGACACCAAGGAGAUGGGCUGUUUGUCGACGAAUGCUGCUCCAGGUGAGGCAGACACCGUUUGGAGAAGAUCUCAGACCAAAGUCGGCGGUCUGGACCCGAUCGACCGGCCUAUGGCCUUCCGCCUCCUGCAGGAAAACAUGCGAGGGGUCGACAUCUGCAAGCAGCUGCUGGCCUGCAACCCGCUCGGAGGAAUCCCUCAGGACCGACACUGGCGCAGCCUCUUCUGGUUCCUGGUGAACAUGAGUGUGGUCAACGCGUUCAUUGUGCUGCGGGAGAGCCGUAAGGACAAUCCACCACCGUGGGUGCAGGACGGACUUUUCACUCAGGUCAACUUCCGCAAGCGUUUAGGCAACCAGCUCGCCAAAUGUGCUCAGAAAUACUUUGAGACCAUGGAGAUUGCCAGCUCCCGUGCCACGAGGUCAGAAGUGACAGUGGAGGCAGUCAAACAAAGACAUCGAAUGGCGAAGGUCAGCAGCAUCUCCAAACGAUGUCGGAACUGCAACCUGAAGAACAUCCGCCAUGAGAGCGUGUACGGCUGCAUCAUCUGCAAAGCCAACCUGUGCAGUCUGCCCAGCUGCUUCUGGGAGUUUCAUGGCAUGUCCCCAUUGAACAGAGGAUCGACAAAAGUUGGCUUUGUGAAGGACAGAAUGAGUGGAGCUGUCGUGGUGGAUGAGGUUAAGCACGGCGAGGACGAUGCGAUGGCCCCUGUGGAGGACUUUGACUUUUCUGACGAUGAGAGGCUGGAGGAUCUCGAUGACCUGGAUCAAGAAUGUGAAGAAAUGAAUGAAGACGUUGCCAAAGAAGAGAAACAUUUGACGUCUCCUGUGCCGUCAACAACCAACAGUCAAAUCCUACCGGCAGCCGUUUUGUCCACCCCUAAAGAGCGAGACGACUCCCUCACCGCCCGUCAACUGAGGAUUGUGUUAUCCGCUCUGUGUGACGGAGUCCGGCAAGCCUCCAGGGUCUUCACCACAGAGAUUCAGCUCAUUGGGUCCUGGCUGAAGGAGGCCAGAAAACGUUCGAGGCAAAAUGAACAGAAGCUUCAAACAGGCGGGGAGGACCGCAUGGUGGCCUGGGUGCUGUCCAUGCAUGAGCAGCAGCUUCCCAUUACUGAGAGCAACCUGUUCCACAAGGCGUCCACCCUGAAGAAGAAGGGUGCGUUCAGUGACUCUUUCCGUAUCUCCUAUGACUGGGCAGUCAGCUUCAUGGUGCGGCACCGACUCGGCAUUCAGACCAUCGGUAGGUCAGCCUCUCUGGCUCGCACCCUGCCUCUUUCUCUGGAGGCUAAGAUCAAGUUGUUCAGGGAUUUUACCAAGAAGGUGUUCCAGGUCCAAAAGCUCUCAGACAGGACUGUAGCUAUAAUGGAUGAACUCUCUCUCUUUGUGGAUCUGAGGUUAGUUCAGGACAAGUCUUGUCGCUCGGAUGCUGUGGAGCUCACUGGAACUCUCCCUCUGGUCACUGUGUACCUGACCGUGCUGGCCGAUGGCACCAUGUUGCCAUCCCUGGUGCUGGUAAACAGACAGCUAGCUGCCAGAGUCCUGCCAGAGUUCAUUCUUCUUGAGGCCAAGCCAGAAGGUCUGUCAGUAGAAGAUGCCUUGGAUCUGUGGACGAACAAGGUGUGGCUCCAGUACGUGUCUGGUCUCACUGAGCCCACUAAAUCCAUACUGGUGUUAGACCGACACAGGGAACACCUGGGAGAAACAUUCCUUACUGCCAUUAGUGGAUCGGGGACCCUCCCUGCGGUGAUUCCUGGAGGCUGCUCCCUCCGUCUGCAGCCUCUUGAGGUCUGCAUGAAGCCCAUUCUGCAGCGAUUCCUUCUAUCACGUUGGGCAAAGUACAUAGCUGCUAACCCGAGAGAGCUGGAGGAAACGUCACCGAACCAACUCCAAGCAAACGUGGCCCAGAAGCUGGUGGACUGGUUAGUUGAAGGUAUAACACGCCUUCAUCAACUCCCACAGCUCUGGAAGAGGUCGUUCGACCUCACAGGCCUGCUGCCUGAGAGGAAAGAGCAGGAAGUGGAAGAUAAAGAGGAGAAUGAGACAAAGAGUAAGAAACCAGAGGACAUCCAGUCAGAGCUCCUGAUGACCCUGACAGAGACUCUGCUGGGAACUGAAGCUUUGGAGGCAUAUUCUCCUGAGGUUCCUGAGCUGGAAGACACAGAGGAGGAGGAUCAAGAUCAUGGUGACAGGCAAGAGAAAUCACAGGAGAAACAGGAGGAUGUGGAGAAGGAGACAAAGAAGGACAAGGAGGAGUUAGGCCAAGAGACACAAGACAACAACAAAGAGAUGGAAGAGCAAACAAAGGAAGGACAGGAGGAGGGCCGGGGAAAGCCAGGAGCCGAGUCCAACAAAAAUAUAGAAGACAAAAAGGAGAUUAGAAAGCUAGAGGAAGACAGCAAGGACGAAGGGAAGGAGACAAAGCAGGCCAGGGAAGAAGGAGUGAAGAAGCUUGAGGAGGAUAGUGAGGAGGAAGGAAAGGAGAUAGAGGAGGACAGUAAGGAGAUUAGCAAGGAGAGACGAGAGACUAGGAUAGUGAUAGGAGAGGAGGUAGGAGAUGAAUGGAAGAUAAAGAGCAGGACCGAAGGCGUGGAGGCAGACAGCGAGGACAAUGACAGAAUAGACGAACGCUGAACGGACAAUGGUCACAUUUAGAAAUGUCCUGUAAAUACUGCACCGACACCCUGAGACGAGUCUGAGGGGACGUCUGGUGUAUCGCCAGAUAUCGGAAAGCACUUUGGGAAAGGACUGUUCCAUCCCAACCCAUCCAACCAGUUCGCCCAGAAACAAAUGAUGACAAUAUGGAGGAUUUGAAUCUGAUAUAAAGUAACCACAGCAGAAGCCUGUUUGGGGGGUUAAUCAUCCGUUACAGUUGCAGACCAUAUUGUCAUGUUGAAUCUGAAUCUGAAUAUGGGAGACAGUGGACUCAACAAGUGCUUCGAAACCUUGUCAAUUGUUUGUAUAGAAAAACUGAAGACUUAAGCUGUCUUGUUUCUGCAUUUUUUUUAAAAAGGGUGUGAUUCUUUCUUUCGUUAUCACAUGACCUUCAUUACCUUUAACUUUAGAAGAAGGGUUAGGGUUCUCUACCUUCAGACCGGCCAAUCAGCUUCAACGAACCUCCAUGGGAACAUGUUCUACAGGGUACCUGGGGAACGUCUUCUACAGGGCACCUGGGGAACGUUUUCUCCAGGGGUACCUGGGAACGUGUUCUACAGGGUACCUGGGGAACGUCUCCUACAGGGCACCUGGAGAACAUGUUCUACAGGGUACCUGGGGAACGUCUUCUACAGGGCACCUGGGGAACGUUUUCUCCAGGGUACCUGGGGAACGUCUCCUACAGGGUACCUGGGGAACGUCUCCUACAGGGUACCUGGGGAACGUCUCCUACAGGGUACCUGGGGAACAUGUUCUACAGGGUACCUGGGGAACGUCUCCUACAGGGUACCUGGGGAACGUCUCCUACAGGGUACCUGGGGAACGUCUUCUACAGGGUACCUGGAAACACUAAAGCUAAAAGCUCAAUAUUCGAGAACAAUGGGAACAUUCAGAGGAUACUCAAAGAAGAUGCUUCAGGGUUACUAAAAAUGAAAGGGAACCAAGAAGAAGAAAGCUAAAAUGCUUAAGGCUUACUUUGUACCAGAAGCUGAAGGGUACCUCAAAACAGUCUCUCAAUCAUACCCGGUAAUGGAAGCUAAUGUGUAUCUCAAUAAGAAAUGUAAAAUGAUUCAUUACAACAUAUAAACGGGAACCUUGAAAUGGGCUCUAUGAGUUAGCUUGACGCAGUUUCUACAGUGUAAAGUAAGCAAAAGGGUUCCCUGACAGCUGCUGAAGGGGGUGCUGAAACAGAUGCAGAUGCAGAUGCUAACCUGUGAUGCUAACAUGUCUGUAAGAGGUACCUUUAAACAGAGGGUCCUUUGAAGCAUUCACUGAAGGGUCCUGAGAAACAGAAACUCUUUGUUUUUGAGUUUACAGAUCACGCUGUGGCGCUCUAACGUCAGCUGUUUCCUGUUUAUAUGAUAGGAAAGAGUUCUGGAAGCUGAUUGGCUGGCCUUGAGUUAGGACGGUCAUGUGACCAGAGCCUAGACCUUUCAGAGGAUGAAACGCUAAUUGUUGGCUUCCUGUUUUUAUUUAGAUGUUAUCUGUCAGAUGAAUCCUGGCUUCUGAUUGGAAGUCUGCCUGAUGGCGUUUUCUUGGUGCUGAUGUAAAGAAAAAAAGAUGUUCAUCAUGAAAUAAUAAUAAUAAAUAUCUUACAUUUUGAA